GUCAGUUUUUGCUUCUUGCUUCUUCUGAUCCGGGCAUUUCGCGUCCUUCAUGAGCUAUACCGCCGCCCCAUGCCGGAAUGUGAUCCUCUUCGGCCUGGUGUCCUUCUGUAGCACUCUGCUGCUGGAAGUGCUGUUGGAGAGCGCCACAAGGCAUGGCUCCGGCGGCGCGUUGGCGCUGGGGCUCACCUUCGGGGAGUUCCUCGGGUGUUGCCUCAUAGCGAGCUUCAUGGGAGGCACCUUGACGGACCGAAGCCUCGGCGACGGCCAACGGCGCAGAGCGGGAUUCCGCUAUUGGCGGCCCUACUUGAAGCUGUCCACGCUGCUUCUGAUUGGCACCGGGCUGCCGAAUUUGGCGGUCUCCUGGGUGCAGUACCCGCUCAAGGUGACGAUCAAGUCGUCCAAGCUGAUGCUGGCAAUGGCGGUGGCUGCCAUGGUGGGAAACAGCCGGAGAUUCCGGCGGGACGAGUAUUUUGUUGCAUUCCUCCUUUGCGUGGGCAAUCUGGCGUUCUCUUUUGGCUCUGGAACGACGGAUGCUCCUGCUUCUAAAACAAUCCUGGGUGUGAUCUGCUUGCUGGGAGCAUCACUCAGCGAUACCUUGGCCGUAAACGCACAACAGAAGAUGAUGCAGGAGGAGCAUAUCUCGCCCAACUCCCUGAUGUUGCGCCAGAACGUGGUGGGCCUCGUGGCCAGCGUGGUGCUGCUGCUGAGCACCAACGCGCUGCCGAUGCUUUUCGCCUUGGGACCGAAGAUCAUCUUCUACAUCCUUGGAACAGGCUUUCUCACGGGCAUGUCGGCGUGGGCCAACACCCAUAUGGUCAACGAAGCCGGGGCAGUGGCGCAGGCCCGGCUGUCGGCACUGCGCAAGUUCCUCACGGUGGUCCUGUCUUACCUGCUGUUCCCAAAGCCGCUGGGCGCCUGGCGCGCGGGGUCCCUGUUCCUGGUGGCUUUGAGCCUCACCGUGCACCUGUACCAGUGCCGCAAGAAAUCCCCGGCGCCGCUGGCGGCGAGUUCAGCCCAGGCGAAAUACGUGAGGAAUGUGUCAGCGACAUCCGACGAAGCAUCCACGGAAGCUUCUGUGCAAGUCGCGGAGACUGCGUCAGAGAAGGACGAGGCUUCCAUGGAGUCCUCAGAGGAGGGAGCCUCGUCGUCAUUGCCACAGCUUCGCAGUUUUGGUCAUGACGAGGUGAAGGACUUCGAGGAUCCAUCAGUUGGCUCUGUGCAAGUCAUGAAGUAUGCGUCAGAGAAGGACGAGGCUUCCACGGAAUCUGACUUGGGAGCAAAUGACUCCGAUACAUCAACGACUUGCUCUGACGACUCGCAGUCACCGGAGCGGCCCGGGUGCAAAAGCAGCGUGAGUGAGCCCGGCAUCUUUGAGAAACGGUGGAACUUCGGCGCCUGCGUCGGUAUCUACGCCGUUUGAAAAGUGUUUGAAUCCGGUUGGGACGAAGAUCAUGUGCAAAAGCGUUUGACAAGUG